AUGCGGGCUCCCUACCAGCGAGACGAGUAUGAACUGGAGAUCCAGUCCAACUUCUCACGGCAUCCCGUCGGCAUGGAUCACUCCUAUGAUGACCAGUCAGCCAACUACCACGGCCAGACAUCACCCGGGUAUAUGAUGUCCAGCAAUUUGGGAGCAGUGCUCGACUAUGGCACCGCGUGGGGUAACCGCGCCUGGGAUCUUACCGGCAGAACCACAAACGGCGAAUUCUUCGAAGAACAUAGCAACCUGAACCAAGCUGCAUACAGCUUUGUCCUUCCCGGCCAAGGCAUGUCCGCCGGAAUGCCUCAGUCAACAGGAGCCAUGACGACCUACACAGACGCCGUAGACCGCACCCUCCCAACACCCCCAACCUGUCGAAGCCAGCCCCAAUCAAACAUCACCCUCUCAACUCUCCCCGACGGCCUCUCGGGUAUGACCCUAGCCGCUGAUCCCAAGGGCUGGAACUCGCGGUACGCAACAAUCCCAGAUGGCCGCCCAGUCGUCAUGCCCGCCGUCCCCAGCAAUGGUCUCUACAACAUUAGCCCCUCCUCACGCAUCAAGUCCAACGACUUGGAAGACGGAACAUCCGACCUUGUCUUCGGGUACAUCCCCAUGUCUACAUCCGAAGACCCCUCCCCGCUCCCCGCAGCCUCGUCCUCAUCAUCCAUGGCCUCCUCUGCUACCAACCCCCUUUACCCAGCUCUGGACCCGAUAGAGAACACUCUCGUGGGCGAGUACCACACAGCAAAUGCACGUCUAGGACGUACGUUUUUGCGCGAUACCAACGCCGGGCAGCGUCUGCUCGCGCUGACUUCUGACUGCGCGCCCGAUGUGUAUUCGCAUGCGGGCAAUGAGCGCCGGAAGUCUAGGGGUGUUGUUGAGAGUGAGGUGCGCUGCUCGACGCCGACGCUUGUGAAUGGGUUGCCCUACACGCGUGUUCGACAUGUCGACUCGACGGUUGCUCUGCCGUAUGGUUUUUUGGCUGAUGGUUUGUCGGAUUAUGGGCGGUCGGUUGAUCAUCUCCAUCGCUCGCCUGUUUCGCCUUUGGGUCAUCAGGGGGCGUAUUGA